AUGGCGCAAGCGACAGGGCCCUUGGCGGUACGCUUUUCGGUGAGCUCCGAGCGAGUGAAGAUGGUGGACAUACACACUCGCGAUCCAAUAUUUAUUGCUGCACACUACAACGGUGUACUGAAUCUAUGGAACUACGAGACAGAAACGCAGGUGCGCUCCUUUGACACCACCACUGGGAUGCCUGUCCGCUGCGUUCGCUUCAUCCCGAGGCUCCAGUCAUUUAUUUGCGGUUGCGAUGACAUGAACGUGCGUGUUUAUAACUACAACACCAUGGAACGCACGAAGAUCUUCCAGGCACACGUUGAUUACAUUCGCUCGAUCGCUGUGCAUGACCAGCUCCCGAUUGUACUGACUUGCUCAGAUGAUGAGACGAUUUGCCAAUGGGACUGGAGUAAAGAUUGGGCGCUGCAAGUGACCUACAGGGGCCAUCAGAAUUACUGCAUGGCGAUUGCUUUGAAUCCGAACGAUCCUUCCACUUUUGCCUCGGCCUCGCUUGACGGGUUGGUGAUGGUGUGGGGUAUCAACAUUUCUCAGCCCAAGUACUUUUUGGAGGGUCACACGGCGGGCGUCAACUGUGUGGAGUACUACCCACGUGGUGACAAACCGUACUUGCUGAGUGGCUCUGAUGAUUAUGAGGUGCGGCUGUGGGACUACCAGACGAAGGCAUGUUUGCACGUCUUUGCUUUUCACAGUGGGACCGUCACCUCGGUUUUAUUCCACCCGGAUGUCCCCCUCAUUUUUUCUGUUGCUGAGGACACGUCAAUGAAGGUGAUAUCUAGUGAGACCUUUCGUCUGCUUCACAGCCUAGACCAUAGUGCAAUGAAUCGUGGGUGGACGAUGGCCACAAGACACCUCUCUAAUGUGCUUGUUGUGGGAUAUGAUAGCGGGUUUACCGUUUUCAAAGUGGGGGAGGCGAAGCCGAUCUUCUCCAUGGACUCAAAUGGGCGAGCCUUAAUCACGCAAGGCAAUGAAAUACACCGUUUGGACAUCAAGGGAGUCCCUGAGGGUACUCCUGACGGUGAGGUGCUCAGUUUGGUGCGCAAGGAUGUCGGUACGGUGGAGACGCCUGGGCGCCUCCUCCAGCACAGCGCUGGAGGACAAAGUGUCGUUCUCGUAGGGGAUGGUGAGUAUACCAUUUUGUCCACGUUGGCGUUGCGCCCUAAAUCGUAUGGCACCUGCACUUCCUUUGCUUGGGGUCCGGAGGGUAGUUCCUAUGCCGUGCUGGAAACAUCCAUGACGCUGAAAAUCUACAAAAACUUCAAGAUACGUGCAACACUGUCCUUGCCUGAGCCCGCGCACCACCUUUUCGCUGGCCCACUGCUGGGAGUGGCGACGUCCUCCAAUAUCGUGUUCUAUGACUGGGUGUCGCUGUCGAUCAUCAGGGUCAUCGACACACAGCCCACGAUGGUUCAGUGGAGCGGCAGUGGCGAACACGUCUCGCUUGUGACAGCAGACUCGGUAUUUUUACUCAGGUAUAACAGCAACGAUGUGGCUGAGUGUGUCAGGCGUAACCAAUUAAAGGAGGAUGGUCUGGAGUCCUCCUUCGAUCUCGUCGAGGAGAUAGAGGAAAGUGUGCGUGACCUGCUGUGGAUUGGGGAUUGUAUGGUCUUUAUUACUCAGACCAACCGCCUAAACUACUAUAUUGGCGGAGAUAUCAACACUAUUGCGGUGGUAUCACGGAACCAAUACCUUCUGGGGUACGUUUCGAAGGAGGGUCGAGUAUUUUGUAUAGACAAAGAGAAUAAUGUGACUAGUUAUGUACUCAAAGUGAGCACUCUCGAGUGCAUGGCAGCGAUCGUACGUGAGGAUUACAGUGCCGCUGAGGAGCUCCUCAAAUCGAUUGAGGAUGCCCACAAGCCCAAGAUAGCGCACUUUUUGGAGUCGCGUGGGCUGCAUGAAAUGGCCUUGCGGACGACUACGGAUGAUUCCCAUCGCUUUGAAUUGGCUGUGCGGCUGAAGGACCUUGAGCUCGCUCGGCAGCUGGCGGAGCGCAUACCUGAGCCGGCACGCUGGAAGCAGGUCGGUGAUAUUGCACUUGAUGAGGGCUACUUUGAUAUUGCUACUGAUGCGUAUUGGAAAUGUGGGGACUACUGUGGCUUGCUGCUUAUCUUUACCUCUGUCAACGACUUUGACUCGGUCUCCCUGUUAGGGGAAAAGUGUCUGGCGAGCAAAAAGCUCAAUCUUGCCUUCACCUGCUUCCACCUGGUGCAGCGCUACGCUGACGCGUUUGAUUUGCUGUGUCAGGCGGAGCGCUUCGCCGAGGCCGCGUUCUACGCAAGGACCUACUGCCCCGAUAAGAUCGAGGGGGCGGUGACCCAGUGGAAGCUGUCUCUGUCUGCACUGCCGCACGUGCGCGAGUCAAUAGCCAAUCCAGUUUCGUAUCCUAACCUAUUUCCUGACAUUCAGCCGCGUGGCGGCAGCAACGCGUGUGAUGCCGUGGAGGGCAACGAGGGUCUUCCUGAACACGGUAGUUUAGGGGAGGACAUACUGGAAGCAGCAGCAGUACCACCACCACUACCAGACUCCGCGACUCACGGCGAGGCAGACGAUUUAGGUGAAGUGGAGCCUGAUCCGACGCCAGUCAAAGAGGCUUCGCCGGAUAUCGAUCUGGGUGGAGAAGACGAAUGGGGAAAUUAG